UGUCGUGUUGUGAUGCUAACAGGGCGGCUUCGGCUCGGGCUCUGUUUCCUCCUGACUCUGCUGCAGACUUUAAGUUGGUCGAGCUGGUAAAAGAAAGAAACUUAAGAGGCUUCUCUCGUGCGUUUCACUUUCACCCUCGCUUCCCGUUAAACCACUUUUCUUCCGCCGGCGCUAAGGAAGAAGCUAAGUUAGCUUCAGGUUAGCAACAGGUCCCCUUGUGUGGCAUGAAAACUAUGCAAGAGGAUUGCGGAUGUUCCCCCGAAGCUUUAGAUGAGCUUAUAGACGAAAGAUUCAGAGUCCACAGAAGAUAACAUCUCUAGACAACCUGUUGCUUUUCGGCUACCGCCGUCAUGUCAGCAGACACAGACCCGGGUCCUCCGCAGGUCGUGAACCCUCCUCCUCCUGAGGUGAUCAACCCCAACAAGUCUGGCCGGAGGACAAACCAGCUGCAGUACAUGCACAACAUAGUGAUCAGAUCCCUGUGGCGUCACCAGUUUGCCUGGCCUUUCUACCAGCCUGUCGAUGCCAUCGCUCUUGGACUUCCAGAUUAUCAUAAGAUCAUAACAUCUCCCAUGGACCUGGGAACCAUCAAGAAACGACUGGAGAACAACUACUAUUUGACUGCAAGUGAAUGUAUGGAAGAUUUCAACACCAUGUUCACCAACUGCUACAUAUACAACAAGCCUACAGACGACAUAGUGCUGAUGGCCCUCGCCUUGGAAAAGACCUUCCUGCAAAAAGUCGCCGAGAUGCCUCAGACAGAAGUGGAGAUUUCACCUUACACAGCCAAAGGCAAGAGCAAGAAAGGUAGCACUCCAGGUGGACAGGCUGGAACUGUGACCACAUGUCCGCCAACUAAAAAAAGGAUGGAAGCGACUUCCACGGAUUCGUCCUCAUCAGUCUUAACCAAUUCAGGUGAUUCAUCAGCGAGCAAGAGGCGACGCGAAAGUGCAGAUCAAGCCGUCAAUCCUUCCAAGGGUGACUUUGUUGAAAAGGAGUCGCUGCAGCAACAAAGCGAGCAAUCGGGCAAACACCUUAAGCAUUGCAAUGAUAUUCUUAAGGAAAUGCUCUCGAAAAAACACACGGCCUACGCCUGGCCCUUCUACAAACCUGUCAACGUUGAAGCUCUGCAGCUGCACGACUACCAUGAUGUCAUCAAAUACCCCAUGGACCUCAGCACUGUUAAAAAAAAACUGAAUAGAGGAGAGUACCAGGAUGCACAAGAGUUCGCUGCAGAUGUCAGGUUAAUAUUUUCUAACUGCUACAAAUACAACCCUCCCGAUCAUGAAGUGGUAAUCGGGGCCAGAAAACUUCAGGGCGUGUUCGAAACGAGGUUCGCUGCAGUGCCGGACGAAACUGUGGCGUUGAUUUCAGCAGCGAGCGCUAAGUCCACUAAGAAUGCAGGUUUGAGUCAGAGCAGUGGCAACCCUUCCUCCAGCAAGGACACAUCAGACUCUGAAGAGGAGCGUGCCACAAAACUCGCUGAGUUGCAAGAGCAGGUGGGUGCAGAACAGCUCAAAGCUGUUCACGAACAGCUCGCUGCCUUCUCUGAAGUGCCUGUGAUUAAACCGAAGAACAAAAAAGAGAGGAACAAGGAAAAGGACAGCAGGGGAAAUAAAGGGAGUGCAAAUUCCAAGAGUGCUCCACAUUCCAGCUCCAGGUUUGACACAUUUCAUAUCUUAAGAGCUUUGUUUUCAUUGUGUCUUAGCUCCAUUGAGGACCUUGACCGCUGUGUAUUGACCCUCAGGCUCUUGUGGAAGGGAAGCAAAGACCGGGGCUCAGAUGAGGAAUCUCUGCCAAUGACGUACGACGAGAAGCACCAGCUGAGCCUGGACAUCAACCGGUUACCUGGCACGAAGCUGGCCCACGUCGUGCAAAUCAUUCAGACACGAGAGCCCUCGAUGUGCGAUGCCAACCCGUACGAGGUCGAGAUCGACUUCGAGGCACUGAAGCCGUCCACUCUGUGGGAGCUGGAGAAAUACGUCAAGUCCUGCCUGCAACAGAAGUUUAAGAAGUUUCAAAAGAAAAGCAGCAGAGCUGCGUCUCAUCCUGUCGGCAGCAGCAGUUCUUCAGAUUCUGCCUCCAGCAGCUCCAGCGGCUCCACCUCAGACAGCAGUGACUCAUGACACCUGAACUGUUUAUUUAUUGCUUCUUCUGCGACCAAAUGAGAGUUCCUCAAAAGUGUUAAACACCUUUAUUUUUGUAUUUGUUUAAUGUUCCCACAUCAUAGUUUGUUGUGUUUAGCGAGGGCUUUUCUCAUUCUCUGUAUUUAUAAAUCAAAUACUCACCACUGGCAUUUCAGACGCUAUGAAGCUACAACAUAGCCUGACAGCGUACGUCCUAAUAUCUGGGUUUCAACCAACAUCUUGUCCCUGUCGUCCAUACUGUUUAAUUAAAGGCUUUCUUCUGCUGA